GACGAUUUAUCCUCAUCCGCUGGUUCUACAGACGUGUGCUUGGUAAAAAUGGCCGCGGAGCAGCAAAAUGAGGUGAAAACACAGCAAAUGGAGGGAAAUAAAGAGAACAGCGUCGACGGGAGUCUUGGUCUGGAGAUCCUGCAGAUCAUUAAGGACUCUCAGCAGCAGCAUGGGCUCAGGCACGGGGAUUACCAGCGCUACAGGGGUUAUUGCUCAAGACGUUUACGCCGGUUGAGAAAGACAUUGGGCUUUAAAAUGGGCAACAGACACAAGUUUACUGGGAAGAAAGUAACUGUGGAGUUGCUUUCAGACAACCGACAUCUGUUAUUAGUGUUAAUGGAGGCAGAAAGAGCAUGGAGUUAUGCCAUGCAACUGAAACAAGAAGCUAACACUGAGCCCCGAAAGCGUUUCCACCUGUUGGCUCGCCUGCGGAAAGCAGCCAAACAUGGGGAGCAGCUAGAGAAGUUGUGUGAGAGUUCCCGUGUGGAUGCCAAGACCAAACUAGAAGCUCAGGCAUACACUUCUUAUCUGAAUGGCAUGGUUCAAUUUGAACUGCAGGAAUGGAAAUCUGCAAUGGAGGCCUUUAACAAGUGCAAGACCAUCUAUGAGAAACUGGCAAGUGCUUUUACUGAGGAGCAAGCAGUGCUUUAUCAUCAGAGAGUGGAAGAGAUUUCACCUAACAUCCGAUACUGCGCAUAUAACAUUGGUGACCAGAAUGCUAUAAAUGACCUCAUGCAGAUGAGACUGAGUGCAGGAGGAGGUGGUGGCAUGAUGGCAGAAAAAUUGGAGGCUCUGAUUACUCAGACGAGGGCUAAGCAGGCAGCUGUAAUGAGUGAGGUUGAGUGGAGAGGUCGUACAGUGCCUGUCAAAAUCGACAAAGCCAGAAUCUUCCUGCUAGGUCUGGCAGACAAUGAAGCUGCAAUUAUGCAGGCAGUUAAUGAAGAGACAAAGGAGCGUCUUUAUGAGAGCCUGCUGGCGGAGUGUAGAGACACCAUUCAAGCUGUCAGAGAAGAGCUCAGGACUGAUUUGAAGCAGAGAGAGAGAGCAGCAGAAGGUGCUGAUAGUGGAAAGGUGUCUAAUCUGCAAUACCUGCACAGCUACCUGACAUAUAUCAAGCUGUGGACUGUAGUGAGGAGGAAUGAGAGCAUGGCUCAUGCACUGCAAGCUAAGCUGAAGGAGCCACAGACUGAUGAGAAUAAGAGAGGACCACGACCACAAGAUCUCAUACGACUCUAUGACAUCAUCCUGCAGAGUCUUUCUGAGCUGUCAUCACUGCAGGGUCUAGAGGAGGACCAUACCUUCCAGAAAGAAGUAGCGCUUAAGACUCUGGUCUACAAAGCUUACAGAUGUUUCUAUAUAGCUCAAUCCUAUGUUCUGGUGAAGAAAUGGAGUGAAGCUCUGGUUUUGUAUGAAAGGGUUCUGAAAUAUACGAGAGAGGUCCAGUCCAAAGCCAAGAGCCUCAAUAACAGCCUUAAGGAUCUUCCUGAUGUCCAGGAGCUGAUUGCUGAGGUCAAUGCAGAAAAGUACUCCCUCCAAGCUGCAGCCAUCUUAGACACAGAAGAUGUUGCUGAGGUGCCCCCACAGCAGCAGAUAAAAGACACCACGCCUCUCUCUGACCGUUUGGAUAAUUUCCGGCUAGACCCCACCCUCUUGAGCAAGCAGCCCAAUCUGGUGCAGUUCCCUCCAGAUUUCCAGCCAAUUCCAUGCAAGCCUCUCUUCUUUGAUCUGGCUCUCAACCAUGUGGCUUUUCCGCCUCUUGAUGACAAGGUGGAACAGAAGGGCAAGGGUGGCAUCACUGGCUACUUCAAAGGCUUCUUUGGCUUUGGAAGUUAAAUCUGGCCUGUUAGUAUUCAAAGUCGUCUUAAUAUAACCAUCCUCUCAAGACUAAAAGUUAUGGAUCCUUAUACAGUCAAACCAUUUCCCCAAAAUGCAUUAUACAUUUUUAAAGAGAUCUAAGUACAGCCUGGCUGGUAGUAAAUUGACUUUUUUUUUGUUUUUAUUAUUAAUUUAUAGUCUGCAAGAAAGUGUUUUAUAAAUCCUGCCAAGUAUAAUAAUCAGUGGUAAUGCUUGGUGUCACUAUACUCUCUUAUCCAGAGUAAAACUUUUUUUUUUUGUUUGUUUUUUUUUUUUUAAAUAAACAUAACUCUGCCUAGAUCUCAAUUUGCCUAUCACAUUAUAAUCCCACUAUUAUUCUUUCACGGAAAGUCUACAACUCUGCUGAAGACCUAAAAGAUUUGUUCCAACUGUGGGCUUUAGUGGUCAGUCAUGUCAAUAAUGUUGAUGACAUAAAGUACUCAGUGUUCAUUCAAUAAAACGAUAUUACUGUCACUUAAAGAGUCAGCUGACAGAACACAGGAUUUUCAUCGUUACGCCGUUUUAUGUAUAGAUAAUGUGAAGGGCUAUAGGUAAUAUCAUCUUGCAUGUACACUGCCAUAGUUUAGUUUAAAAUGUCAUGACUUAUUUUGACUCAUCUGAAUGCAAAGCCAUAAAGCAGAAAGCGAUUUGCUAAUGUUUUAUUUGUGAUUAUUUCGUAAAUAUAGUUUUAACUUUAAUUGGAUUUUUUUUUUCAUUCUAAUUGUUUAAACUUUCAGGUGAGGGUUUUUUUUUCUUCUUGUUUUGUGAACAAAUGUUGUUGAGAAUUAAUUUAAUCGUCAGUAGAUAUGUAUUACACCAUUUAUGAUGAGCCUGUUCAAGUGGAUAGGAUAUUAGAAAUUAUGAGUGAAUUUUGGUUUGAAGUCUCCUGAUUUAACAAUAAAACGUUAAAGUAUU